AUGGACCACCAACAACUUUUCUUCUCAACUCGAACUUACUUCGACUCCAAUGAUGAAUUCGAUUCAACUAUUGGGAGCAUCGAUCAAGAUUUUGAUGGUUUCAUGUUUUCUAAUGCUAGUGUUGUUGAUGAUGCGUUUGAUUUUGGCAUUGGCUUGCCAAUAGACACAAUAGGGGAAUCCCCAAGCUUUGACUUGAGCUUAGAGGAGGAGGGUUGCAAGCAAAAUUAUGAUGAAGGCAAUUCCUCAAGGAAAAGGAUGAAGUGUAAGAGAGAUCGUUCAAAGACUUUGGUGGCUGAAAGGAGGAGGAGUAGAAUGAAGGAUAAGCUCUAUGCUUUGAGAUCAUUAGUUCCUAACAUAACCAAGAUGGAUAAAGCCUCGAUCAUCGGCGACGCAAUAGUUUAUGUGCAGAGCCUCAAAGACGAAGCUAAGAAGCUAUCGGACGAUAUAUCAAUUCUUGAGUCAUCACCAACAUCUAAAGAUGACCAAAUAUUCCUCAGAGUCCCAAUUGAUAAUAUGGGGGUUAAGCAAACUGAACAGUAUCACUACAAGAAGAAGCAAUGUGGGGGGAAAAUAUAUACUGAAUGUGAUGGCUCAUGA